AUGGCUUGGCUUCUUUGCCAGCCUGGUGCAGAGUCCAUCCUCGAAGCCCGAAAUGGCCGGGGGGAGUCGCCGCUGUGCCUGGCCACGCGCCUUUGCCGUGGCUGCGUGGCGAUGCGCCUCGUAGAGGCCCUUGCAGAUCCGGGAGCCUGUGACAACGAAGGCGAGUCCGCUGAAGCGAUGGACUUGGAUGGGCUCCUGCGGGAAGCAGAGCGGGAUGAGCUGUGCCGCCAGGCGGCGAAGGAGGAUCGUCUCCUUGCCGCAGUGGCCGAGGCACGUCGCAAGCGAGAGGAGCUAGACUGGCGGCGCAGGCUUUUCGAGACCAUGGGCCAGGAAGAUGAUGACUUCUGCCGCUUCGAGUCCCACCAGGACUUGGAAAGCACCGACACCGGUCGGCCAGAUAGCUGGAUGGACGACAUUGCCGCCCAGGCGGAGGCCCGUGCAGCCGGCAGCGUCAGCAUGUCCCAGAUCCUGGCGGAAGCUGCCGCAGCCGCCCAGCCCGCCGCCGAGCCAAAGGCAGACUUUGACCCUGGGCCGCCUCCCUCAGGAAAGCGGCCGGGAGCGGCGAAGCCGGAGGCUGCUGAAAGCUCACAGCCUGCAGCGCCUGAAGAUCCUGAGGCAGCUGCUGAAGCAAGGCUGGAGGCUCGACGCAGAGACGAGGCCAAGUGGAAGAAGCUGGAGGCGAAGGUUGACGAGGCGGGCCAGAGUGAAACUCCACUCCGCCUUUGGGAGGCGGAGCUUCCUUGGCCGUCGGGUACGGCCGAAAACCCGCUCCAUGUCGAUGCUUCCGGACAUCCGAAGGUGGUUCGAUCGCAACUCCGGGCUGGCCUCCUAAGGUGGCACCCUGACAAGUUUGAGCAGCGUUUCGGGAGGUUUCUUCCUGUGGACGACAAGGCUCGGUCCUCGAUUCUUGGCCGUGUCAAGGCACUGGCGCAGCAGUUGACACGUCUUAUGGCAGCGCUGCCAGAUAGCUGA